AUGACUGACCCAGGCGAUGAGGGAGCCUCGACGAGUGGCUCGUCGUCCUUUCUUGGUCAGCAUCUCGAGAUCGACACCGAUUCGGCUUAUGGCGAUGACAGUGAGAGCGUCUUAUCGGCUUUCACUUCGGCAAUGAGCGCCGCGACGGACUACCGCUAUGAGAACGGAAGGCGUUACCAUGCCUACGAUGACGGCGCUUAUUACCUGCCAAAUGACGAGGAUGAACUGGAUCGGCUGGACUUGCAGCACGAAAUGUGGAAGAUGGUGCUCAAGGGCGCGCUAUACAUGUCGCCAAUCCCCGACUCGGUGCAGUCAGUCCUGGACGUCGGCUGUGGCACCGGCGUCUGGUCCAUCCAAUUCGCCGAGGAGCACCCUGGCGCUCAAGUCAUAGGCACCGAUCUCUCUCCCGUGCAGCCCAGCUUCGUGCCGCCUAACUGCAGCUUCCUCGUCGACAAUGCCGAGAAGGAGUGGGCAUUUGACCAGAAGUUCGACUUUGUGCACGUGCGCAUGCUGUGUAUGGGUAUGCACAGCUGGCCGCGCUUCUUCCGUCAGUGUUGGGAAAACAUGGAGCCCGGUGGCUGGCUCGAAGUGCGCGAAAUCAUGUUUCCGUGGGGCGCCGCGGGCCACGGUCCUCAGGAUCUGGAGCAGAUUGCUAAGUCGCCAUUGCUGGAAUGGUCGGAUCUUGUGAGGCAAGGUGCGGCAAAGGUUGGCAUUGACACGAAGGCUUGUUUGCGGUUCGAAGAGUUGCUGCGCGGCCAAGGUUUCGUGAACGUGCGGAGAAAAGACGUGCAGUGGCCAUUGGGAAUCUGGCCUAAGGGAGAGGAGCAGAAGAAGUUGGGCGCAUACGCUGUCGAAAACCUGAAAUCUGGUCUCCAAGGCAUCUCGACUGCCGUCUUUAGCAGAAAUUUGGGCAUGUCUCGCGAGGAGAUCGAAGUGCGCCUUGCUCAUGCGCGGAAAGAUCUGAAGGAGGGCCGUUACUAUGCGCCGAUAUUUAUGUAUUCGUGUCAAAAGCCGGAUGUUCAGAAGGCCUCUGCUGAGCCGGCUUUCGAGGCGCGCACUAUUUCUGACGCACCUGCUUCGGGAAAGCAUAGCGAUAAUGGCAAGGACCAGGAACCAGAAUCCAAUGGAAGGAGGAUGCCCCAGUGA